AUGAAAGAUCUACUGCCGUUUUGUCAAACGAGUAGAUUGAAAGUGAGUACAAUCGUGCAGCUUUGGCAGCGCAGCACUCAGUUCCGAUUUGUUGUUGGCGGUAUGUCAGUGCUACAGCUACUAAUUGAGAUGAAGAGUGGAAUUCGAAUCGCUAUGGUGAUUAAGUAUGAUGAUGAGAAACGCGACUAUAUUGUGCAAGGGCUUGUAACGCUCGAGGAUCUCGUCGAAGAGGUUAUUGAAUUUUUCGGUCAACUUGCCAAAAAAAAAUCAAAAUUCCCUAAUCAGUUAAAAUUUUAA